AUGGCUGGAGGUGCCGCCGUCGAUAAUACGUUGGGUGCUCUGCUGGUCUCGAGUCGGCGCCUUAGCGAUUUGGCUAUUCGCACUAUCAGGUUGUUUGGCGUAACGACGCUCCAACUAUAUCUCUAUACGCUGCAGUGGAGAUCAGAUAGCAAGUGGACGAGGGGAUUGGCCAUUGGUAUUUGGCUGAUGGACGGAAUAGCAAGCGCGUUCCAAUGCCAUACGAUGUACUUCUACUUAAUAUCGCAAUUUGGGGCGACGGAAGGGCCUACCAUCGGUGUAUGGAGCCUUUGUUCGAUGAGCAUGAUGGAGACGUUGAUAGCAGCGCCAGUGGAGUUCUUCUAUGCGGCCCGCAUCUGGAAGCUGGGCCGUGAAGUACGAUUUGGACGACACAUUGCUGCCUCGAUCGUUGCUCUCAUCAUAGCUCACGCCUCCCUCUGCUUCCUAUUUUCCGCCAAGCUCAUUCAAAAUCCCGAAAUGUACACUUGGCAAGGAAAAUUCUACGACCAGGUCGUCAUAUCCGGCCUUGUUUUAUCGGCAAUCGCUGACCUCUUCAUCUCUGUGACUAUGAUAUACAUCAUGCGCUCCUUUAACACCACCAUCUCCAGCUCCAAGGCCCUCGUUAAUAGCAUAAUCCGACGAUCCAUUGAAAGCGGCACCAUAACCUCCAUCGGUAUUAUCGCUGUCAUGGUGACUUUCGUUACAAUGCCGACGAAUAUGAUCUCCUUUGCGUUGCUAUUCCUCCUGCCCAAAUUGUAUUCCAAUUCGAUGCUCGCCAUGUUGAAUCGUCGGCAAUCGAGCUCAGGCGUUACGGUCAACUGUGGAUUCGACCAUCAGCACGCUAGCCGUGACAUGAUUGGAAGCAUACAUUUCGCUGCCUCAGAGAAGGUCGCAGCUAUAUCCGGCUCAGAGAGCACGUUAUACAGCGCCGAACAUUCAUGA